GGUGCCAGCUCGCGCCGGAUGGUCUGCGGUAGCGCGGUGCUCCACUGCAGGGCGCCGACGCCGAACGGACCUCGAACGGCCUCGCCCCUGCAUGGCGGCGUGAGCGAGGAUGCGAGUGCCCAGCUCCAUCUUUUUGUCGGUGUCACUGUUCACGGCCGAGACCACUGCGGCGCUCUACCUGAGCUCCACGUACCGGUCGGCGGGGGACCGGGCGUGGCAGCAGCUCACCCUGCUCUUCUCGCUGGUGCCGUCCGUGCUGGUGCAGCUGGCCCUCAUCUUCUUCCACCGGGACCUGGGCAGGGACAGGCCCUUCAUCCUGCUGCUGCACAUGCUCCAGUUCGGACCCAUCGUCAGGUGUUUGGAAGCGUUCUGGACCUACGGCAGCGUGGGCCGCGUGGAGGAUCCCUACGUCAGCAUCACCAGGAAGAAGCAGAUGCCCCGCCGGGGCCGGCCCGAGGAGGUGGAGCGCCAGGUGGGCCAGGCCGAGGGCAAGCUGGUGACGCACCGGGCGGCCUUCGCGCGCACCGCCGUCAUGCAGGCCUUCCUGGGCUCGGCGCCGCAGCUCACGCUGCAGCUCUACAUCUGCGUGCUGCAGCGAGGCGUGUCCGUCGGGAGAGGCACUCUGAUGGCGAUCUCAUUGCUGUCCAUCGUGUACGGCGCCCUCCGCUGCAACAUCCUGGCCAUCAAGAUCAAAUACGAAGAAUACCAAGUGACCAUGAGUCCGUCGGCCUACCUGUGCAUCUUCCUGUGGCGCAGCUGCGAGAUCGCCAGCCGCGUGGUGGUGCUGGUUCUGUUCAGCUCGGUGCUGAAAAUCUGGGUGCUUCCCGUGGUUCUGGCCAACUUCCUGGUCUUCUUCCUCUACCCGUGGAUCCUGUUCUGGAGGACCCACUCGCCCUUCCCGCAGCAUAUCGAGAAGACUCUGACACACGUGGGCACCGCCGUCGUGCUGUGCAUGCUCACCUUCCUGUACGCCGGCAUCAACAUGUUCUGCUGGUCGGCCGUGCAGGUGAAGCUCAGCGACCCGGACCUCAUCAACAAGUCCCAGAACUGGUACCGCAUGGUGGUGUACUACAUGCUGCGCUUCAUCGAGAACGCCUCGCUGCUGCUGAUCUGGUACAUCUACAGGACGGACUUCUACGAGUUCAUGUCGGCGCCGCUGCUCAUGCUGGAGCUGCUGUUGGCCUACGCCGCUUGCAUCUUCUUCAUGCUGAUCUUCUACCAGACCUGCCACCCGUGUCGCCGGCUCUUUAACUCCAGCAUGGGCCAGGGCUUCGAGGACUGCUGCGCCCUCCUCUGCCUGUCGUGCACCUCGGCGGAGUCGAGCCACGAGCCCCGCGAGGAGCUCGCGCCGGACGACGCGUGUUACGACAUUCCCAGCGAUGGGGGCGGAGAAGCGGCGAACGGUGGCGGCCACAAUGCCUGACUCCUUAUUGUGCGACGCGGUCGCCGACCACUUUCCACAUUUACAGUUCAUCCCCUUCAUCCGAUUGGACUCUUUCCUACCAUUCUAACAGCACGUGUUCUUAAAUCUGCGUUACGUCAAUUUAUUUGUGCAGUUGGUGUUGAUGUCAUUCUGUGGCCUACAGAUAAGCUACGGUUCUGAUAAGAUUGUUUCUAACGGGGGAAAAGUAUUGGGAUCCCAGCCCAUUAAAACGUUAGGAACUGCUCCCAAAAACUUGGAUGCAGUGGUGCCUUAAGAUAUCAAAUCAUCUUUCCUUGUUCAAAUGAAUGGAAAUGCAAUUAAUCUGUUCCAGCCACCGCAAAAAAAAAAAAACAUUACUCCC